UCAAACAACUUAUACUCUCAUUCAUUACUCCUCCUGAGAGCGUUUCUGAGGAUAUAACCCUUCUGCUAUAAAUAUUUUCGUUCAAGUUUUGACCUAUUUUCCUUUCUCUUCAAUAAGGCAGAAGAAAUUCAGGUAACACACUUGCCAUGGAUUCCGUUCGAGGACAAGGCGGCAUCCAGAUGCUGCUAACAGCAGAACAGGAUGCUCAACACAUUGUUAACAGUGCCAGAACCGCGAAGACGGCGCGCUUGAGGCAAGCUAAAAACGAAGCUGAGAGGGAAGUGCAACUCUAUCGCACCAAUAUGGAGGCUGAGUAUGAAAAGAUGAUUUCAGAUACAAGUGGGAGCUCUGGCUCCAAUGUAAAAAGGCUUGAGGAGGAAACUGAUGCGAAGAUUAAAAACUUGAAGGAAUCAUCCUCAAAGGUCCGAUCGGAUAUCGUCAGCAUGCUUCUGAAGUAUGUCACAACUGUGAAAACUUGAAGCAU